AUGUUCUUCAAGGCGAGAGAGAAUUCAUUAGAGACAUCAAGUCUCUUGGAAGCUUCCGGUUGGAUGGAAUUCCUCGUGCUCCACGUGGGGUCCCACAAAUUGAUGUCAAGUUUGACAUUGAUGCAAAUGGUAAAAAGAAUGGUGAAUGAAGUUGAGAAGUUUGAGAAAGAAGACAAGGAAAAAAGAGAAGCCAUAGACACAAAGAACCAAGCUGAUUCAGUGGUUUACCAGACAAAGAAACAGCUGAAAGAAUUGGGAGAGAAGGUUCCUGCUACAGUGAAAGAGAUGGUGGAGGAGAAGCUUGGGUUGCUGAAGGAGGCCAAAUCGGGUGGGUCAACACAGACCAUAAUAGAUGCCAUGGCUGCCCUAAAUUAA